CAGGACUCCCAUGUACACGCAGAGUGCAGGAGGCGGGCCUUGUCUGCUUUCAAUCAAUAACCUCUGGAAUUCAGAAAUACAAGUAGGUCCUGUCUCUGGCUGGCUGUACCACACUCACUCAGGAGGGCGGGCUCCCACGCAGACUCAACUCGGCGCUCCCGGCAUUUUUUUCUUCUCCACUUCCUCAGGUCUGCAAGCGUUCGCGUGCUCACCGCGAUGGCUGAUCACACGUCUCCAGACUACUUCAGCUGUACCCUGUGUGUGAACCUCCUGAGGGACCCUGUGGCUAUUCCUUGCGGUCACAGUUUCUGUAUGGACUGCAUCAGCGGCUACUGGAAUGAGGCGGACUACACGGGGAUUUACAUUUGCCCCCAGUGCAAGAUCACCUUCACCCAGAGGCCUGUGCUGCGGCCCAACGCUACACUCAGCAUGGUGGCUGAGAAGAUCAAGAAGAGUGGUCUGAACCUUAACGUCCACAUACCCCAAGGGAAUGGCUACGCCGGGCCAAGCGACGUCCCUUGCGACUUCUGCUCUGGGAAGAAACUCAAGGCCGUCAAGUCCUGCCUGAACUGUCUGGCAUCCUAUUGUGAGAAACACCUGAAGCCACACUAUGAGUCAGCCACAUUCAAAAGGCACAAGUUGGUGGAUGAGUUGGGAAACCUGGACAGGAAGAUUUGCCCGCAGCACCAGAAGUCCUUGGAGCUCUUCUGUCGAACCGACCAGAUGUGUAUCUGUGCCAUCUGCACAGUCAGUGAACACAAAGGCCAUGACAUAGUCUCUGCCGAGGCCGAGAGGAGUGAAAAACAGAAACUCUUGGGAAUCUCCACUGCCGAGAUUAGACAAAAAUGUCAAGAGCGGGUAAAAGAGCUGGAAGAGUUGAAGACUGCAGUGGAUUCACUAAAGAACUCAGCCCAACGAGCCAUGGUGGAAAGUCAGAAGAUGUUUGAGGACAUGAUUCGUUCCAUUGAGCGGAUGAGGUCAGAGGUGACCAAGCUGAUUGGGAUCAAUGAGAAGGCCGCAUUCAACCAAGCCGAAGCGUUGAUCGAGCGUCUGGAACAGGAGAUAGAUGAACUGAAAAAAAAGGAGUCGGGCUUGAAGCAGCUUUAUAGUACAGACGACCACAUCCACUUUUUGCAGAACUUCAACUACCUGUGCACCCCCACCGAUGACGGCUUCAUACCAAAGGUGAGCGUAAACCCAGUCUUUUCCUUUGGGGCCGUCAGGAAAGCUGUGGCCGAGAUCAAGGAACGUCUGGAAGAGUUUGGCAGGGAAGAGCUGUUGAAGAUCUCCAAGACAGUAAAUGAUGUUCCGGUAUACACUACAGAAAGUCGAACACUGGACAGAAGGAGCAGAGGUAAAGAGCACAACAUGACAACAGUGGACAGCACUCCCGCUACCCCAGAGCCAAGGAGCAGAGCAGAUUUUAUCAAAUACUUCUGCCAUCUGAAGUUGGAUCCGAUCACGGCCUACAAAGAGCUGCACAUCUCUGAGCACAGCAGAAAAGUCAUCCGAACCAGAGACCUGCAGCCCUAUGGGGACAACCCAGAGAGGUUUGACAGUUUUGCCCAGGUUCUGUGCCGGGAGGGUCUGUCCGGAGGCCGCUUCUACUGGGAGAUCGAGUGGAGCGGGGAGUUCUCCGUCGGAGCGGCCUACGGGGGCAUCAGCCGUAAGGGCAAAGGCUCAUUGUGUCUGCUGGGCUACAACGAUAAAUCCUGGAGUCUACUUUGCUCUGACACAGGCUACUCGGCCUGGCACAACAGGGUCGAUAAAGCCGUCAGUGGGCCUCACUCUCCGAGAAUCGGCGUGUACUUAGACCACAGUGCAGGCGUGCUGGCGUUUUAUAGCAUUGGAAGCAGCAUGACGCUGCUGCACAGGUUCGAGACCACGUUCACUGAGCCCCUUCACCCAGGCUUCGGAGUUGGAACCUCAGUCAAAAUCUGCAACGUCAAGUGAACAUUACAUAAAUGAAUAUUACAUAUUUGACCCAACACUUACAUUUUUUUUUUUUUAUGAUGUCUUUGGAAUAUAUAUUUUUGCAUAACUUUGAAAUGUAUGUUACACCGUUUAAUGCUCUUUGUUUUCCACACAAAUGCAUAAAUCAUCACAUAAUGUAUUUCACUUUUUUGUCAAAUUACUGUAACCUUUUUCAAGAUCCCUGCCAGAAAAGGCUUUUAAAUGCAGUAUGCUUAUUAAGACCUCUAGUUACAGUGUACAUCUCAUCCUCAUAUUUCAUAUUUAUCUUGUCAGAGAGGGUGUGGCAAUUGUUCUUUUGUAAUGAAAUAGAUAACUGGAUGCAUUGUUGGUUUAUUCUUUGCGAAUAUAAUUUCAACCAACUGUAGAACUGUAUCUUAUUUUAUGUCCUCUUAACAGUUCAGUUAAGCCUUAUUUAAUGUUAUGCAUGUUUACUAACAAACUGUUGAAUUGCCUCUAGAAGUCAAAUAUCCAUGUUAACUGGGAGUCCUGGCAGUGAAUGGGUUAAUUAAAACCCCUGAAUAUAAUUGUUACCGAGGACAGUCCCUUUUUGGGCAGAUUUAUAGUUUUGAAUAAAGAGCUAAAUGAAAACGUUUUGUUGUUUUUCCACUAACAAGGGAAGAGUUUGGCAAGUACACCACAGGUGCUUCGUGUCAUGUGAAUGGAGCCAACGAGGUGUGGCGCCCAGAAAAUGUACCUCGAGCUCCCUCUGC